UAUAUGUGUGCUUGUAUGUAUGUAUAUGUCAAUAUAUACAUAUAAGUGCAUACUGCAUACAUGUCUAAGUCCACAGAUGCGUAUAGGUGACUCUAUAUGGACGUAUAUAAGCGCGCACACAUGUGUAGUGCUAUAUGGGUGUGGUAUAGGGGUAUAUAUGCAUAUACACACUAUAUAUGUUUCUACACAUACACGUAUGUUCAGAUCAGGGUAUAUACACUUGUGUCCACGCACAUGUAUGCACUGCACACACGUGCACACAGAGCUGGGCAUCUAUAGGGCCAAGUUCUAUAGGUGCUCCCAUAGGUGCCACCCGUGGGACCCCAGGGAGGAGUCAGGGCCUGAUCCUGCCCCGGAGCGGCCCCCAGGUGCGGUGACUGGGGGGGGCCGGGGCCACCAUGGGGGUCCUCCCCCUGCCCCUCCCCCUCCUGCUGCUGGCCGCGGGGACCCAGGCGUCCGGGCUGCAGCUCGAUGGGCACCUCGACCUGGGCAGGUGCCGCUUUGCCCUGGGCAUGGAGGACGGCUCCAUCCCCGACAGCCGCCUCUCGGCCUCCAGCGCCUGGUCUGACUCCACCGCCGCCCGCCACGGCCGGCUGGGUCGCAGCGAUGGGGAUGGUGCCUGGUGUCCCGCGGGUCCCGUCUUCCCAGAGGAAGAGGAGUUCCUGGAGGUGGACCUAGGUCGGCUGCACGUGGUGACACUGGUGGGGACACAGGGACGUCACGCCGGUGGCCAUGGCAGGGAGUUUGCCCGUGCCUACCGGCUGCGCUACAGCCGUGACCGGCACCGCUGGCUGCGCUGGCGCGACCGAUGGGGCGCUGAGGUGAUCGGGGGUAACGAGGACCCCGAGGGGGUGGUGCUGAAGGACCUGGCACCCCCCCCCGUGGCGCGGGCGUUGCGGGUCUACCCCCGGGCCCCCCGUGCCAUGAGUGUCUGCCUGCGCCUGGAGCUCUACGGCUGUCCGUGGGAGGCCGGGCUCCUGUCCUACACGGCGCCACGGGGACAGGUGAUGGCCCUCGACCCGGCGCCUGUUGUCCUCAACGACUCCACCUACGACGGAUACAGCGUUGGCCCGCUGCAGUUUGGGGGGCUGGGCCAGUUGGCGGACGGGGUGCUGGGACUGGACGACUUCGUGCGGAGCCGUGAGCGACGUCUUUGGCCGGGCUACGACUACGUGGGAUGGCGUCGGCCCCCCGGCCCCCGACCCCACGUGGAGCUGGAGUUCGAGUUCGAGGGGCUCCGGACCUUCCGCGCCAUGCAGGUUCAUUGCAACAACAUGCACACGCGGGGGGUGAGCAUCUUCGGGGAGGUGGAGUGCCGCUUCAAGAGGAGCCUGGCCACGGCCUGGGAGCCCACCCCGGCCACCCACAGCCUGGCCGGGGCCGUCAAGGACCCCAGCGCCCGUUCGGUCACGGUGUCCUUGGGCGGGCGCCAGGCCCGCUUCAUCCAGUGUCACUUCUUCUUCACCGGGGAGUGGAUGCUCUUCAGUGAGAUCACCUUCCUCUCAGACGCGGUGGAGGAGGCGGUGGGGGCCAGUGGGUGGCCCCCAGCUGCCCCCGCCGACCCCUCGGCAGGGGUCAUGGCCGUCCCUGAGGAUUCCUGGCAUGGGGACAUGGCUACCAACCUCACUACCUUGGCCCCCGGGGAACCCAAGCCAGGGCAGCCAGUCGCCAAAGCUGACCACAGCCGCACGUCCAUCCUGAUUGGCUGCCUGGUGGCCAUCAUCUUGCUCCUAUUGGGCGUCAUCUUCCUCAUCCUCUGGCGGCAGUACUGGAAGAAAAUACUGGGGAAGGCCCAGCGCCGGCCCUCAGAGGACGAGCUGCGGGUGCAGCUCUCGGUGCCAGGUGACACCAUCGUCAUCAACAAUGCAACCGGGGUGGCACGGGGACCCCCCCGCUACGAGCGCAUCCCCCCAGGCCAAGGCGAGUACCAGGAGCCGACACGGCCGCGACCGUCGCUGCCUCCGGCCCCCCCUGGACCCGCACCUCUUGCCAACCCGGCCUAUCGGCUCCUGCUGGCCACCUAUGCCCAGCCAAUGGGAGGGCUCGCUCGGGCCCCACCUGAUGGGGCUAAGCCAAUCAAUACAGAUGGUGUGGCAGAGCCCGAGGGCGGAGCGGGGGCCUAUGCGGAGGCUGACGUCACUGGAGGCUCCGCCUAUGCUGUGGCUGGCCCCUCCCCUGGCCCCGCCCCCAGCCCCGCCCUCCCCGCCUUCCCUCGCCAGCGCCUCCGCUUCCGCGAGAAGCUGGGGGAGGGGCAGUUUGGAGAGGUGCUGCUGUGUGAGGUGGAGGACCCCCAGGCCCUGCCCCCCCUCUCGCGCCCCCCCGACCUGCCCCGAGGGCGCCCCCUACUGGUCGCCGUCAAGGUCUUGCGCCCCGACGCUACCAAGAACGCCAGGCGGGACUUCCUGCAGGAGGCGCGGACCCUGGGGCGCCUGCGGGACCCCAACAUCGUGCGGUUGCUGGGGGUGUGCGCAGGGGCCGGCCCCCUCUGCAUCAUCACCGAGUACAUGGAGCACGGCGACCUCCAUCAGUUCCUGGGGGGGCCUCGCGGCCCCGCCCUCAGCCUGGCCACCCUACUGCACGUGGGGGCUCAGAUCGCCUCGGGGAUGCGGUUCCUGGCCGGUUUGAAUUUCGUUCACCGCGACCUGGCCACCCGUAACUGCCUGGUGGGCGAGGGCUUCACCGUCAAGGUGGCCGAUUUCGGCAUGAGCCGGCACCUCUACGCCGCCGAUUAUUACCGCGUCCGGGGGCGGGCCCUGCUGCCCAUCCGGUGGAUGGCCUGGGAGUGCAUCCUUAUGGGGACCUUCACGCCAGCCAGUGAUGCCUGGGCUUUUGGGGUGACGCUGUGGGAGGUGCUGACACGGUGCCGCGAGCAGCCCUACGGGCGCCUGAGCGACGAGCAGGUCAUCGCCAACGCCGGGCACCACUUCCGUGCCCAGGGCCGCCAGGAGUACCUGCCGUGCCCCCCGGGCUGCCCGGCAGCGCUGCACGGGGUGAUGCUGCGCUGCUGGUCCCGCGACGCCGCCGACCGCCCGUCCUUCGGCCUCCUGCACCGGCUGCUGCGCGACCACACUGUCCUCGCCUGAGCCUCCUCCUCACCAUCCUCUUCCUCACCAUCAGCAUCCUUCAUCCCUCCUUCGGCCUCCCUCUUCAUCCUCCUCCUUCUCAUCGGCAGCAUCCUUCAUCCCUCCUCCUUCAUCUCUCCUUCAUCUUCCUUCACCUGCUUUAUCGUCCUCAUCAUCAUCCUCCUCCUCCUUCAUCCUUCCUUCAUCCUCCUCCUCCUCUGUCAUCCGCCUCUUCCUUCAUCCUCCUUCUCGUGCUUCAUUCACCUUAUAGCCCUCCUUCUCCCUCCUUCAGCCUUCAUCUUCCUCCUCCCACCUCCUUCUCCCUCCUUCAGCCUUCAUCUUCCUCCUCCCACCUCCUUCUCCCUCCUUCAGCCUUCAUCUUCCUCCUCCUCUUCUACCUCCUUCUCCCUCCUUCAGCCUGUCUUCCUCCUCCUCUUCCACCUCCUUCUUUGUCUUCCUCAUCCUCAUUCUUCCUCCUCCUUCAUCUUCCUCCUCCUUCUUCUCUUCCACCUCCUUCUCCUUCAUCUUCUUCAUCAUCCUCCUCCUUCAUCUUCCUCCUCACCCAACACUGGAAGCACCCAACACUACUGACACGGGACCCCCCCGACCCCUGGGACCCCCCCCCCCCCC